AAGAACUGUAUUAUAUUUUGAUCCACUGUCCUGAUGGUGUCGUGUAUGGGAUCUCUCUGGGCAGCCCUGUCUUUCAUCUUAUCCCUCAUCUUAGGAUUCAGUCUAAUGUCUUCUGCGUGGUUUAAAAAUGACAACUCAUCCUUUGGGGUCUUUGUUCAGUGCAGCUGGCAAAUCCGCUCUGCAUGUAAUCAGACCUGCAUUGUUUUCAGGACCUUGGAGGAAAUCCCUGAUCUGUCUUGGAAGAUUGCAGCUGUGAUACUAUUUUCGGGAUGGCUGCUGAUGAGUUUUGGAGCUUUACUUGUUUUGUCAUGGACUGUAAUACCAGCAGGUCUGUGUCAGAGGAGGGUGUGCUCUCCAGCCAGAUAUACACAGAUCACUGCAGUUGCCGCAACAAUCCUGGGUCUGCUCCUGUAUCCCUUCAGCCUGCGCUGUACAUUUGCAAAUCAGAUCUGCGGCUCAUCCUCUGAAUACAAGAGUGGGGACUGUUCCCUUGGCUGGGGCUAUAUGAUGGCCAUCAUUACAGUCAUGCUCUCCUGCUUCCUGCCCAUCAUUGGCUGUUACAAUUUGAAUGAAAUGAAGACAAAAAUAUUAAGGUCCAAAUUAACCCAGCGUACGCUGGCUUGUGAGGAGCACAUGUACUAAUGUUUCCAUUCACAGCUGCAAGUGAAAGACAAUUCAUCAGCUAGAGGAACAACAAGUUGUGCAACAUGUUUUACCCUAAAAAUGGACAGUCAGGACUAGAAUUAUACACGUCUGGAAAUGCAUAGAUUAAUGCUGAGCAUAUUUGCUUCCUUUUCUGAUUUUGCAUGUAUAUGUCUUGUGUGCCGGAUUCAGAGAUAUACACCUGCCACUGCAGCUGUGCAUUGGCUGAAUGAAUAUAAGCGAUUGUCGCAGCCACCAGGAUAUGUACUGAGACGCUCGCUGGCAGUGUCUGAGAUCUGCCGCUUGUAUAGGAGACAUUGGUUGAUAAGCGACUAUCUGUGUAACCCUAUGGACACACAGCCGUGCCGCAGGAAGACAUACACUGGAGCCAUUGUAACUGCAUACCGGAUCACACUCACAUGCUAACAUGCGUCACCCAUGGCUGUGAGACACCCGUCCCCUGUUACCUCCCUCAGACGCCUCCUGUCUGUCACUCCAGUUGUGAAUAAGUCCUGACUUCAACCACAAACGCGAGACCAUCGCAGCGCAUGAGCAGUGUGACACACAGUGACAACAAAUCGCUCCACAGCGCACAUCAACAUUACGGCCAUCUCUGAAUCAGGCCCUAUGUGUGUUAGAGAGAACUUGUAACAUGCAUACAAUUGUACAUCAUACAACU